AUGGCGGCACGCUAUAUCGGACUGGAUAAAUUGAAAAUAGCUCUACGAGAUUAUCGAAACUCCGGCGGCUUACGAGCUAGCCUUUAUAAAUUGUACCGGAUGAGUACGCUAAAAACCGGUCGCCUGGUUGGCCAGGAUAAGUACGGCAACAAGUACUUCGAAGAUUCGACUCAAUUCUUCGGCCGGAACCGGUGGGUAGAGUUCGCAGAGUAUCGUGGCGAGUCGUAUGAUGCCUCCCAAAUUCCAGCGGAAUGGUACGGCUGGAUGCACAACCGCACAGAUCUGCUCCCGAUGCAAGAUCCGUCCCGUCCUAAGCAUCCGUGGAUGCUGGAUCACAGUGAAAACUUGUCCGGAACGAAGUGUGCCUACAUGCCGUACUCAACAACGAAGCAAAAGAUUGAGGCUUGGGAUCCUAAGGCGUCUCAGGGCAAAAAAGACUGUGCUUGUUCCAAUUGA